AUGGCCCCCAAACCCAAACCCAAACCGAAACCAAAACCACCCAAACAAUCCUCCCAUCCUACACCUACAAGACAAGAAAAUGAACCCCCCUGCGAAUUCACCCACCCCUGCACAACCUCCACCCACAGCAGCAACACCUCCGGUAGUGCCAACGCCUCCGGCAAGGGCAGCCACCCCCGCAAACUAAUCUCCCACAUCUUCGGCCGCAACAAAACCUCCACGAAGCUGUUCCCCUCCAGUGUCUGGGUGCACUACUGCCGCAAGCACUACCAGCGGGCGCGGUACCGAUCGCGCGCGUGGCCGUUUACGCAGUGCGAGCUGCUGCUGGAUAGUCUGGCGAGGAUGGAGGCUUGGGGCGGGGUGGAGAGUUUUGAGGUUGUCCUUCGGAGGAGGGAGGUUCAACGUCUUUCCUCUUCCUUUGCGGAGCAGCAGGCUUCUGAUAAGGAGGGGGUGAGAGUGAGGAAGGGGAGACGGGGUGGGACAUCUGCUUCUGCUUCUGCGUGUGCUUCUGCGGAGGAGGACGAGGAGGAGGUGUAUGCAGAUGACGAGGAAGAGUCAGGCGACGGAAAGAAAAGACAGAGACGCAAGCCGCGGAUCAAAGCGUGUCCUGUUCCCGAAUGGUUGCGCGCCGAGACAGGGCCUGGGAAGACGUUCGCUGAAAUCCGGGCGAUUGUUGAGCGGAUCCGAGAGGAUCUCACGGAGCAGCAUCGUCAGGCACAAAAGACAAAGACCAAAAACAAAGAGCAGGUGUUGUUCCCGGAUAUUGAGAUCCUGCCGACGUUUCAGGAGUGGGUUUUGGAGCAGGCUAAUGAGGAUGGGGAGAACAGAAGGGAAAUGUCGAGGGUGAGUAGGAAGGGAGCGGUGCAAAAGGUACAAAGGUGA